GUCGAUUGUUCGUUUGACAGAUUCGAGAGCGCGCUUUACGUGAUUCCAUUGUUUUUACUGAGUUGGAGUAUAUACUUUACGUGUGAAUCGAACAUAACGUUUGUUCAUGGAUUCAGAGUGACACAAACUUGUUUUUCAUGGAAAAUGACAAUUUGUAGAACGAAGAUUUCGUGAAGAUGGUGCGUAGUCGCACCCCCUCUCAAGGGGGUGGGUCUCAAGGCUUCGAAAUGGAAAGAAAAUAUUCUGUCCCUUCCAAUCCGGAUUCCAGGGCUUUUUCUGGUGGCACAACGAGUGAAGAUCUUCACGCAUGGUCCAUCUACCGGCAAAAUCUGAAUUCGGAUUUCACCGACAGUGCUCUAGGGUCGACAGACAAAAGCCCACUACCUUAUGGUAAUUUCCAGCUGAGAGACACCACCGUACAGUCAAUAUUAUCACAUCCCCGUUAUGGACCCAAGUCUGCUCUCGGGUCCAAUAUGUACACUUAUUUGAAGUUUGGACUACCCAGAGUUUUCCCGCCAAACCACAACGGUUCACAUCGAUCUGGUACGCCCCAACAUUUCAAUAGGAAGACAUCAAAUAGACCACACAGCAGGGUUCUGAAACCUGGUAGCCGAGGUCCAAGAGACUGCAGCAGCGGAUAUGACAGCUCAGACAAUGAGACGUCCAAUCAGUACAAGAGCAACCGGAAAUACCGAUCAGACCCGGAUUUCAGGAUGCAGAAUAUGUAUCAACAAGGGGGCAGUCCAGGUGUGCCUCUGGCUGCUAUGCAUCAAGAAGGCAUCAGGCCUUCUAGUCAAUGGGCCAGAAAUAAGAGCAUAUCAGAAGCCAACCUGCUCAACUCUGAUUAUGGAAGGUCCUACCAUGAGGUGCACCAGCAACAUCUGAGAGACCCCAGAAGAAACAGUGUUGCCGAUUUUGUGCACCAUCAUCAUCAUCACCAUGAUGUCAUUGAUCACAGUGCAAUGAGUCAUAUAGGCCGCCCUAUGUCUAAAGCUGAGAGCCAGCUGUCUGUGCCUCCAUCUAGGAAAGGGCCUCCUUCUGUGAUGAGGUCUGAUUACCUCAGUCAAGAAGAUGAAACUGUCACUACCUUCAUGUAUCCACACUUGCAGGUGUGUGGCGUGGGAGUUUUUCCGAAAACUUCUGGUCGCAACUGCUUCCGAUCUGGCCGCCACCUGUUGCUCAACGAAAUCUCCUUCGAGAUCAGAGGCGGCGAGGUCAUGGCUGUCAUGGCGACUAACGAGGAAGAAGGUGCUGCCGUGCUGGACGUUAUAGCAGGCAUGCGCAGUCCAGUUCUCGGAAGCGUCCUGCUGAAUGGCCAGAACGUCAGACAGCGCCACCUACGAUCCAGAGUGGCGUACGUGCAAAGUGAUGCGCGCAUGUGCGAAGACAUGACGGCCGUGCAAACUCUGCGCUUCCACUACGAUCUCAAGAGACCCACCGACAAAUUGAGCUACCUCAAAAUCGAGGCCAUGGAUAGGAUAAAUGUUGUGAUUGAGGAUCUCGGUCUGGAGCAAGUGAGAGACACGAAAGUGUCCUCGAUGACUGUCUCAGAGAAACGAAGACUGAACGUGGCCUGUCACCUGAUCCUGGACACCGAUCUAGUGGUGCUCGAUCAGCCCACCAGAGGGAUGGACAUUUUCGACACGUUUUUCUUGGUCGAGUACCUGAAGCAGUGGGCCAAUGGGGGCGCUGGAAACGCCGUGGGACGAAUAGUAAUUUUCACGAUGCACCCUCCAACCUAUGAGAUUUUCACGAUGCUAUCAAGGAUACUGUUGAUUUCUGCCGGCAGGACCAUGUAUAGCGGAAGGAGACGGGACAUGUUGCCAUAUUUCGCAUUAGUCGAAUACCCUUGUCCAUCCUUCAAAAAUCCAUCGGAUUAUUACCUUGAUUUGGUGACCUUAGACGAUCUCUCGGCAGAAGCCAUGUUGGAAUCUUCCCAACGGAUAGAACAAUUAGCUGAAAUUUUCCGACAAAAACAAGAACCGAUGAGCGAUCCAGGUCAACCAUCUGCUUUGCCAAUGACAGUGAGGAAAUCGAAUUGCCUAGUACAUGCUUUCGUUCUAUUCACGAAAGCCAUGUUUUACACGCAGCCAGUCACUUUCCUCAACUGGCUAACCACUAUAAUACUAUCUGCCAGUCUGUCUCUGCUCCUGGGCGCCAUUUUCUGGGACAUACCAACGUCGGAUUCACAACUCGUAUUGAAUGACAGGCAGGGGUACCACUACAGCGCCAUGUGCGUGCUGUUGUGGCCUCUCUUAAUGCGUCUCACCGUUUCCGAGAUCAGCAAAAACAGGAUGACAGUCGAGCGGGAUAUUCAAGACGGUCUUUAUGGCAGAGGGACUUAUAUUGUUACGAAGUCCCUGCUGAACAUGUUUCCAUCAUUAUUUUGCUGGUUAAUCUACAUCGUACCAAGCUAUUCUAUGAGUGGACUGUAUAUGCAGAGUUUGACCAGCUAUGAUGGGUUUUACACCUAUAUAGGUGUGAUGCUCCUCUACCUGGUUUGCACGCAAACCUUCCUAACCGCCUUCAUCUACCUCAUUCCGUCGACGAAUGUGGCAGCCAUAGUUUCUUCCGCCAUCUUGUCGGCUUUCUUCCUGGCAGCCGGAUACGCGGUGCACCUGAAAGAUUUGCCCUCGUACGUCAAAUGGCUGCAGUAUCUCAGCCCCACUUCUUGGCUGCUGCCCUAUCUGUUGAACAGGGAGCUGUCCUCGGAGGCUAUACAGAGUCUUCAGAGUGCCGUGGCCACUCUGUGCAGAAAUAAACAGAUCCAACAUCAAGACAUAAUUGUACAGUUGCCGUGUCCUCCGCCGAACGGAACGAACAAUUUGAGAAACUUCGGUUUUCUCAAGUCCGACCAUCUAGCGGUGGACUACGGAAACGUACCCUUAGCAAUGGCCAUUUUUCUCUUGAUUUCGUUCGUCGUUGCGUGUGUAGCGUUCUUCUGCUGCGGAAAAAAACGAAGCUCAAAUUACAGGGGAAGAAGCAACACGAAUAAACCAUAGGUUGUAUUUUAUUAAUUUUGAGUUUAGGUGCAUUUUAUGUAUAAUAGAUUACAGUGAAAUAUAUCGUAUAG